AAGAUGUGGCAAUGGCUAAAUGAGCAGAUGAUCAUUUGGCUGGAGAAAACACUUGACAAAAUAAUAAGCAUAUUCAUAAUAUUUUUCCUCGUUAUUGGGACUCUCCUUUUAGCCUUACUUUUGACAGCAAAGGUUCAUGACGAAAGUGUUCAUAUUAUUGGAGUGACCAGCAAUCUGAUCAAUGAAACUGUCUCCAAUCAUCCAGAAUGGGCAAAUUGGCUACCUGAAGCAAAGGUUGUCCAGACAGCUCUCAACUCUGCUGCAAACAAUGUUUAUCAGUAUGGCAGAGAAUGGAUUACUAAUAAGCUGCACAAGGUACUAGGAGAAAAGGUUAACAACACCGCUAUAAUUGAGAAACAAGUUCUAGAACUCUGGGACAGACUGUACCAUUCCUGGAUCACAAAGAAUGUGACAAACUCCAGCAGAAACAAGGGUCACAAGAUGCAGAUACAACGUCAGAACAGUUGGCUUGGAGACAUCUUGGAUUGGCAAGAUAUCGCUUCUUUUGUUCAUGAAAAUAUUGAAACCUUUCUUUCGAUACUGGAGUCCCUAUGGAUUGUAAUGAGCCGAAACUUAAGCUUACUUUUUACUACAGUGACAACAUUGUUUACAGUCAUUUUCUACAGUGGCACUGCACUUCUCAAUUUUGUCUUAUCUUUGAUUAUUUUUCUUACGACACUGUUCUACCUCCUGAGUUCCAGUGAUGAAUACUACAAGCCUGUAAAGUGGGUUAUAAGUCUUACUCCACUCUCUCAGCCUGGCCCUUCAUCCAAUAUCAUUGGUCAGUCAGUAGAGGAAGCAAUAAGGGGUGUAUUUGAUGCUUCCCUAAAAAUGGCUUGCUUCUAUGGACUGUACACUUGGCUUACACAUACAAUCUUUGGGAUAAACAUAAUUUUUAUACCAUCUGCUUUGGCUGCAAUUCUUGGAGCAGUGCCUUUUUUGGGAACAUACUGGGCAGCUAUCCCUGCUGUCUUAGACCUGUGGUUUUCCCAAGGAGAAAGCUUCAAAGCAGUAUUACUACUUAUAUGUCAUUUGUUGCCAACAUACUUUGUUGAUACAGCAAUUUACUCUGAUAUAUCUGGAGGUGGCCAUCCAUAUUUGACGGGUCUGGCAGUUGCAGGAGGUGCAUACUACCUAGGACUGGAAGGAGCAAUCAUCGGCCCUAUUCUUCUUUGCAUACUGGUUGUUGCAUCAAAUAUAUAUAGAGCAAUGCUAGUCAGCCCAACGUCUGCAUUGCCAACUCCAUCAACUACUCCUUGGCCUCUUCAGUCUCAUCGGUAAAUCAGCGAAAACCUUCAAGAGACUAGGAGUGCAACAGAGUGAUCUUGACAUCUUAACAUCAUCACUGACUUUCAAAGCGGAUGCCUUUUUUGUACUCUUUAUUAAUCUCUGGUUGGUACUUGAUGUGUCCUCUACCCUUCAUAUGGAUGGAGUCUUCAAGUUCAGGAUGUGUAUUUUAAAAGUGGAUCAAUGAGCCAUCUUUAAAACAACUGACAAAA